AUGUACUUCUUCCUCCUCAACCUCGCGCUCUUUGACCUGGGUGCCAUCUCCACCACUGUCCCCAAAUCCAUGGACAAUUCCCUGAGGGACUCCAGGGACAUCUCCUAUGCAGGAUGUGUUCUUCAGCUCUUCUUUUUAGUAUUUCUUAUUGGUACAGAGGUAUCUCUCCUCACCACCAUGUCCUACGAUUGCUAUGUUGCCAUCUGCAGAUCUCUGCACUAUGAGACCCUCCUGGGCAACAGAGUUUGUCUCCACAUGGCAGCAGCUGCCUGGGCCUGUGGCUUUCUUAAUGCUCUGCUGCACACAGCUAAUACAUAUUCCCUGCCCCUCUGCCAGGGCAAUGCUGUGGAUCAGUUCUUCUGUGAAAUCCCCCAGAUCCUCAAGCUCUCCUGCUCCAAAUCCUAUCUCAGGGAAGUCUGGCUUAUUGUGGUCACUGCCUGUUUAUCAUUUGUCUGUUUUGUGUUGAUUGUGGUGUCCUAUGUGCAGAUCUUCAGGGCAGUGCUGAGGAUCCCCUCUCAGCAGGGACGCCACAAAGCCUUUGCCACCUGCCUCCCUCACCUGGCUGUGGUCUCCCUGUUUCUCAGCACUGGCUUCUUUGUGUACCUGAAGCCCUCCUCCUCCUCCUCCCCAUCCCUGGACCUGGUGGUGUCUGUUCUGUACUCAGUGGUGCCUCCAGCAGUGAACCCUCUCAUCUACAGCCUGAGGAACCAGGAGCUCAAGGAUGCACUGAAGAAGCUGUUUGGACAUUUUUGA